AUCUAAACUGAAGUGAUGUAAAAGAACAGGCAUAAAUCCUCGACUAGUCACUUGUGGAGAUGUCCACGUGGAAGCUGAUCAAUUAUAUCAUCAUCAUCAUACAAUAAUAGUAUUUCUCCUCAAACCAUCAUUAUAUCAUCAUCAUCAUCCCUAGAAGAAUAAACCAGAAACCAAAAACACAAACCAGAAACCAAAAGGCCCACAGCUUUUUUUUUUUUUUUUUUUUUUUCCAAUCACACAUUUUCCUAUAUAUACGUACUUCUUUGGCUAGUUUCUCAGUUGAAACUCGAAAUAAUUCCAUUUCUGAUCCUUCUAUAGAGAGAGAAAGAGAGAGAGGCUUUAGAGAGAGGAGAUGAUACUGGUGGCAAGUAUGGCGGAGCUGAUGGAGGAGUACACGGCGUUGGUGGCUAGGGUUUUGGAGCAUUUGUUCAAUACGGCGCCGUUUCUGGGUCGGGUUCGUUUUCUAAUCCUCCGAAGCCUUCCCUUCGUUUCGUACACUCCUCCUCCUCCUCCUUUGAUUCGAGCCCCUGCUUGAGAAACCUUAAAGAAAUGUGUGUGUAUAUAUAUAUAUAUAUAUUUUUUUUUUUUUCUAGUGAGGUUUUUUGAAUGUUUUGUAAUUUUAGGUUGUUCUUUUCUUCUUUCCUCUGUUGCGGGAUUUGUCUUUAGUUUGUAUCAUAUCUAAUAAAAAUGGAGACUUUAAUUUCUUUUGUGA